AUGGCCACCACCGGAGGAGACUUGGGGACCCAGAAAAUAAAGGACAUAGUGACCUACGCCCAACUUUGGAAGAGGAUAAGAGCAAAUAAAAUGAAACCACAUUAUUUUCCAUCAACAUCAAUUGUUGUUAAGAAAUGGGUUGCAUUACGUGAUGAUUAG